AUGAUUGAUUUCGGUGUUGAUACGUAUGAGAUUUCGAAGGAUGGCGUGGGAAGAGUACGGUCGAUGGAGGCUUGUGAGAAGUUUGUGAGAAGACACCCACAUCUUCAACGAGUGUUUUUGCGAAACUACUUCACUCCGGUGGAAUGGGUUUCGUACGUUGCGACCUCGUUGAACUACACGCGUACGCUGCGACACGGGAAGCAGUUGCGAGAACAGCAACAACAAAUGCAGCAGCAACAACAGCAGUGCUCCCAACAGUGGCAGCAGGGACAGCCACGGCAACGCCAGCAGACACAACAACAGUCGCUGCAGGGAGAGCGGUAUUGCCAACAGCAGCAGCCGCAAUAUCAGCAGCAGCGGCAGCCGCAGCUUCUACAACAACAGCACUCCCAACAGUGGCAGCAUGAGCAGCCACGGCAACACCAGCAACAGCAGCAACAGUUGCUGCGGGGAGAACAGCAGCAUCGCCAGCAGCAGCAGCCAUGCCAGCCGCAGCUUCAGCGACAGCAGCACUCCCAACAGUGGCAGCAGGGACAGCCACGGCUGCACCAACAGCAGCAGCAACAGCCGGUGCAAGGACCAGGCCCACACUAUGGCAAGCGGAAUGAGAUCCGCGUAGAAGCCCUACCGUAG